GGCGCAGCGGUAGUGCGCUUGUCUGUGUCACUGGAGGUCCCGGGUUCGAAUCCCGGCCAGGGCAUGAUGAGAAACGAAUUUUCUCUGAUUGGGUCUUGGAUGUUUAUCUAUUAUUAUAUUAUAAAGUAUCAUUGAGUUAGUAUCUCGUAACACAAGUUUCGAACUUACUUCGAGGCUAACUCAAUCUGUGUUUGUCCCGUAUAUAUAAUAUUAAUUUAUUAACGUUUACUAUUUAAAACUGCAAUAUUCCAUAUCAAUUGGGAUUUUUAGUAAGAGUUUUUCAGGUAUACAAAUCAACUUACAUGGUGGACGAAACUAGACACACAGUGAUGGCGUGCAAAGUAAUAGACACUGCGCAGGCGCCACGGGACUACCUCACAAAGUUUCUUCCCCGUGAACUAGACGUUCUGAUCAGAGUCAACCACCCACACGUCAUCCACGUCUCCAACAUAUUCCAACGGCGAGCCAAGUACUUCAUCUUCCUACGAUUUGCAGAGAACGGCGACCUUCUAGAUUUUCUCACGGCCAACGGACCCGUGCCAGAGAACCAAGGCAGAUUGUGGAUGCGCCAAAUUAUAUCGGGGAUACAAUUCAUACACGCUUUGAAUAUAGCCCACAGAGAUUUGAAAUGCGAAAAUAUUUUGAUAACGUCUAACUACAACGUGAAGAUUACCGAUUUUGGUUUUGCUCGUAACGUACGUCAGCGAGAUCGGGAUGUAUUGAGCGAGACUUAUUGCGGGUCACUUUCGUAUGCCGCUCCCGAGGUGUUGAAAGGCGUGCCUUACUUACCGAAGCUGGCCGACAUGUGGUCCAUCGGCAUCAUUAUGUACACCAUGCUCAAUAAAGCGCUGCCAUUCAAUGAGACUUCGGUCAAGAGAUUAUACGAGAAACAGGUGAUGCGCAAGUGGAGGUUCCGAACGAGCGUCGUGAACCAGCUGUCAGUAGAAUGCAAGCAGCAGGUGACGCAGCUUAUGGAGCCUGAAGCCAAGGCGCGCCCUACCGCCGCUCUCGUAUUCUCAGGCACUUGGAUAUCUAUGGACCAGAGACUAACAAAACUAACCUUUUUGGAGGAGUCUCUUCUCAAGCAAGCUCAAGAGGAUUCCCAAAAAAAGGAAACCAACAUAGAGGAAGACAACGAAAUGGAGCGAAUAGCUGAGUUACGGAGAAAAGGAAGGGGGAAAGAGGGCCUAAAAAUUUUGAAAAACGUCGACACAACAUUUGGUAAAUCACAACAGCUGUUUGAUAAGGAUUAAGUGUAAAAAAAAUAGAAAAACUAUGAUUAUGUUCAUCCGAUGGUUUAUUAACUUUUUACAUUUUAUGGUUUUAAGUUAUUGUAAAAAUUAUUUAAUACAUUAUUGUACAAAUGAUUUUGUUGUUGUCAUUGGCAAUGAUGAAUUCAUCUGCCCUAUAUUUACUAUAAUAUAACAAAGCUAUGGAAGACAAGGGAUUAUCGUACUAGGGUACUUACAUUUGGCACAGCGUGUUAGGAACAGG